AUGGAGUCUAAAAUUGUUUGUGGUCUUCUAACAAAUACCCAAAAAAUGGAACAAAUUCGUGUUGAAUUAGUUGAUCAAAACAAGGCUUUAAGCAGCAAGGUAGAAGCUUUAGAACUAGACUUAAAAACCUGUAAAUUAAACCUACACGAAUUGGAACAAAGGAACACAAUUAAUUACUCGAAUCAACAAUGUGGCUCAAUUACACCUAUGGGAGAUCGGUCGAAUAAUUCCCAAAUAGCGCCUAACAAUAACACCAAGGUCGAGGCAAAGAUAAAUUAUGCAAAUUCCCACACUUUCAACCAAAGAAAAGAAAUAAAUCAGGAAACUAAAAGAAAUAACUGUGAGCUGUCUCUUGAUCAAUCCUGUAUUGUGGUUGAGGAUCAAAGUACUGACAUCAAUCUAAGCAGGAGUCAACAUGUAUCUAAGCAAAAUGAGGAUAGAUGCGGCCUCCCAACUAUUAUUUUUAACACGCUCCAUCAAAUACCACAGCACGAUCUUACAAAUCAGUAUCCCAUCCCGACGCGUAUUACAAGUAGGGAAAAAAUACAAUCACUGAACCCAAAUUGGCAACGGGAUAAACAUUCCACAAAAACCUGCCAAGCUAAGGAG